UUCAGUGUGUCAGUGAGCGCCAUGCUGCAGCUUCUGCUGUCGGUCUACAUCUUCACCUUCCUGAUGGGGGUCCCCGCCAACGCCCUGGCCUUCUGGACCUUCUGCCACAAGGUGCGCACCAGGGCGGCGCCCAUAGACAUCCUGCUCCUCAACCUCACCAUCUCCGACCUCAUCUUCCUGGCCUUCCUGCCCUUCAAGAUGAAGGAGGCCUCCGACAACAUGGCCUGGGUGCUGCCCUUCCCCCUCUGCCCCUUCACCGGCUUCGUCUUCUACGUCACCAUCUACAACAGCACCCUGAUGCUCACCGCCGUGGGCGUGGAGCGCUACUUGGGCGUGGUCUACCCGCUCAGGUACGCCCUGUGCCGCCGGCCUCGCUACGCCGUGGUGGCCUGCGUGGUCUUCUGGGCGGUGACCUCCAUCAACCUGAGCGUGGUCUACAUCAUGCCGUACGCCCAGUGGGGCGGCGCCGAGCCCCCGCCCACUUGCUACAUGAACUUCACGGAGGCCGAGCUGAGAAUUCUCCUUCCUCUCCGCCUGGAGCUGUUCUUGGUGCUCUUCUGCAUCCCCUUCGUCAUCUGCUGCUUCUGCUACGUCAACUUCAUCCUGGUGCUGUCUCGCCUGCCCAACAUCAGCCGGCGAAGACGACUACGCGCCAUAGGGCUGGCCCUGGGGACCCUGGUCGUGUUCGCCGUCUGCUUCGGGCCCUACAACGCCUCCCACGUGGUGGGCUUCGUGCGCUUUGAGAGCGAGGAGUGGCGGAACGUGGCGUUGCUGUCCAGCACCCUCAACGCCUGCCUGGACCCCUUUAUUUUCUACUUCUCCUCGGCCGCCGUCAGGAGCAUGAUGAAGCGCUGCUUGAAGAACGUGGUGGCCAAGAUGCACAUCCUGAAGUGGGGAUGAAGUCCAAACUUGCUCCCAAAUCUUUC